GCGCGCCUUGAAACUAUCACUCCACGCAGUAUAAACCGCAAGGCGCAAUUGAAUUUGGUGCUUACUCUUCGCACUCUUUCGUCAAGUUGUUUAGCACCGCGCGUUGAGGAGGUUCCGCGAACGAGAAACCCUGUCGCUCUCUCGCGUUUCACCGACAAACUUUGAAAUGGCGACGCCGCAGCUCGACAAGUUCUUGGAGACUUCCGACGCAAACAUGCUGGACAAGCCUCUUGACUUUACGCUGAGCGAUAGCUAUCCAUGUUACCUGUGCUGCUUGGGCUGCUGUGCCGGAUGGGGUGGUCUGGGCUUUCCCUUCUGCCUGCAGCCUAUUGGCUCAUGCUGUGGGCGCUCAAUGGCGCCUUACCAUUCCCUGACGCUUGAGCGGGACACGCUCAAGGUCAAGUGGGCCGUAAAUGACUGCUGCUUCCACAUCGCCCACAACACCAAGGCGGUGCCCCUAGAGAAGAUCCAGGAUGUGCAACUUUCGGAGGAUUGCUGCCUGACCAUGUUCUCGCUCAAGCAGGUCAACGUGGAGACAGCCGCGGGCGCGGGACGCGAGGUGGAGGCGGCCUUCUGCGCUGAGCCUGAGAAGGUGCGAGACGCCAUCCAGCUGGCGGCGCGGCUGCACAAGGCCGCCAUGAGCGCGCCGGGCGCCGUGGCGGGCAUGACGCGCGCCGGCGGCCUGGGCGGCGGCCUGGGCGGCGGCAACAUUGCGGCCCGUGUCAGCACCAUGGACACGCUGGUGCGGCGCGGCGCGCUGAGCCCCGAGGAGGCGGCCCGCAUCCGUGUGUCGGUGCUGGCGUCUGAGACGGACCCGAUGCCGCGCCUGGUGGACGCUGCCAACGCCAUGGACCAAGCCAUCAUCACGCCCAACGAGUUCGCGCAGAUCAAGACCAAGAUCAUCGCACAGAUCCAGGACUGAGCUGCAGGAGUUGCCAGGACAUUCACACACGCACAGGGUGAUGCGCAUGAUGUGAGCUAGUAUGGGUUCUUUUGGAAUGACAAGGCCAUGGCUUUGUGUGUUGAGAUGGCGCUGGAUGGCAACAUAACAACACUGGGGAAUGAGAAUAUCACAGUAAGCCGUCCACAGUACCCCUGGGAAAUGGGCAUUGGCAGAGUCGGCAGCCCAGGGCUUAAUGGGAUACAGAUAUUCAUUUGGCUGCGUCCAAGUACGUGUGGUAAGAAGGUGUUUACAUAGGUUGGUAAUAAGGCGUUGUCGCGCCUGGUAGUGCCGGCGCAGCUAGGGGCAGGUGCGAGCUGGUGCAAGGGACCCUGUCGCCCGCAUGUGCCCUGCCGGCGUGUCAUUCCUGGCAUCGAGACCCGUGGGCGCCCAAACCAAAGGCCCUUGCCAGAUGCAACCAAAACAUAUAAA